AAAAAGAGAGCAAAAAAAGGAGGGGGGAAGAAAAGAAACUCAGUCCCUUUGUGUGGAGAGGACCCAGCAGGAAAGCGAUUUUGCAAUUACUUCAGCUUGCCGGCGAAGCAGGCUUGGUUCCUCUGAUCUGCACACACUUGCACACCGGACUGUCUCACUCUGCACACUGCUUAUACGAACACAUAUAAGAGCGAGCAGUGUUUACGGGCUGUGUUUGGACGCGCUUCGAGAGCCAGCAGCAAUGCAAGUCUUCUGCCCCUGAUGAUGAAAGCAGACGUCAGACUAGCCCAUGAAUAUUAAUGCGGAGGUAGUCUGUUUCAUAGACGGAACAGAAGGAAGCAAGAUGGCUGCCCUUUAGGAUUUGUUUAAGAGGAGACCUAGACGGUUUGUUGGAAUUCUACAAAGUGGAAGGACUUGAAACAAGGACGCAAAGAGGGCAGCCUUGUGAAUGGACCCUGAGCAGACCAGAUGGAAACAGAAAAGACCAGCCAUGAGACGGAAAAAAGUCUGAUACUUUCACAAAUCAGUGCCACUCAGCAGACAGACACUCUUCUCACUAAGCGCCAGAAUGGAGAUCCGUCUCAGCAGUUCAAUGGGGACACUAAUUGGAGCCAUUUCAAGUCCAACACAGUAGUUUACCCAAUGAAAAGUCAACAGGAGAAUUGUUCUGGGCCUGCUAAUAUGCAGGGGAUAUUGGAUCAAAGCAUGUAUGAGAUGAAUGGACAAAUGAAACAUGCUCUUAGUGAACAGACAUUUUUAGAUUUUCACCAGCCUAAAAAACUCUGCACUGAUUCAGAAGUGAAUGGAAAUGAGGAUCUGAGGCUUUGGGAUAAUGGGGAUGCAGGAAUGGAGAACCAUUUAGAGGGAUUCCCUAAGCACAACAAGCCAGGGGAUUUUGAGAUAAAGCAUAGUAAAAGAAACUGUACCUUUCCCAAUGGGGAUUUAUUCUUACUGUCAAGGAACAAACAAGUUCCAAUGCCCAAUGGUGCUACAACAAGCCCACCCUCAGUAAAGGGUACAACUGGUGACCUCUUAGAGAAAACUUUGUCUCAGUAUUACCCAGAGCAUGUGUCCAUCGCACCUCAAACCAACUCAUCUCAAGUAGAUCAGGUCACCAGCAACCUGCCGGAGCAGGAGACUCCUUCACCUUCAUUAACCUCAGGUUUUCCUAUUUCACCCCAAACAUCUGCCUCCGAGCCACAAGGCAGCAAUGACUACAAUCCAGAAUUCACAGUGAAUGGAUACUCUAGUUUUGCAGCCAAGAAGAAGCCUACUUAUCCUCUGUCUGACCUGCCAGAUAUGGGAACACAGUUGCUGAGUCAGGAAGCUUCAGAGUCCAAUGUGCCAUCACAGACAGGCAUCAAUGGUUGCUCACAGAUUCAAGAAGCUAGAGAAGGCCUUCUGAAUGACUCUAAUUGUUUAAGUAAGUCCAGUCGUGAAUCUUAUAUACUGUCUCCAGUGAUGACCGGAGUACCAUCACAAAACACUCAGACAGGUCAGCAGAAUCUACAGAUUAAGGUGCUACAGAAACAACCAACCGAUGAAAGCCUCCAUGAAAAUAGAGACUUUACCUUGCCACAGCAACAGAUUCUUGAGUCACAUAUAUUAGACGGCAGGUUCACCUCCCAGGCCUGUACAUCAGCUUCUCACAAUCAAGACAGUGAACAGAAAAAUAAGCCUAAACCAGAACAGGAAAAGAUGACGUCCAAGAAUACAGAUCAAUCAUCCCAGAUGGAAUGGAUAGAUUUAAACUCUGCUUCAGCACCACAGCCAUCUACUGACCACCCCCAGAUGUGGGAUUUUUUCCUUCCACAGACCCACAUGCAGAAGCAUACAGACACACAGAGCCAAAGUCGUUGUAUAAACAACUUUAGGUCUCAAAAUUUCAACAAUCCUGGUUGUCCCUCAUAUGAAAAUAAGGCACAAGAUAGUUACAAAAACUCCCUACCUCCUACACAUUUCCCCCACAAUUCUGUCCCUGAAUGUCAACAGAACAGUUCUGGUAUGCGCAAUCAUAGCAACAUGCAAUUUAACAAACAUACAUCCCAGCAACUGUGCAAAAAUGACCAAGACCAGAUACAAUCCCAGAGCUUCCUUUCUCAGCCACCACCUGCUGAGCCUCAUCAGCAAGAAAACAGCACAUUUCCCCAUCAGCUCCCUCAGGAUAGACAGAAUAUGCAAGCAGCUCAACAUGCAGCUCCACAAUCACAAGAUGUUUCCAACAGCCAGGAAGAUGCACCACUCUUGAAAAGGCUUAAAACAGAGGGAUGCCUUCCUUCAGAAUCCCAGAAGUUAGCUCUAGGUACAGAAACCCCAGCACAAACACUGUCUAGUCCAACUAUAAGAGAACACUUUACAUUUCCAGACUUUUCUAAGUCAAAUGUACAAUUCUUGACUAAGGAAGCUGAAACUCUCACAGAAAGAAAACUGCAGAACAUGCAGUACUCUCAGAACACCAGUAAACAACAUCCAAACUACAAGCAACCUCUCCAACACAGGCUACAUAAUCAUGUGGAAUUUCCUCAAUCUCCGAUUCCUCAAUCACAACUGUCACAAGUUCCUAAUAAUCUUCAGAUACCUGCUCAAACAUUUACCAAAGCUGAAUACCAAGAACCCUUUGGUCAAAUCCAGAGAGAGUCUCUCCCAAUCCAAGGUGCUCAAGGAGAUUUACAGAGGCAUGCAGCCUUGCGAAUGCACCUUCUGGAGAGGCAGGAGCGGCAAUUCCCCAAUAGUAUCAGGCCAAGUAUGCCGACCAUAAAAAGUGAAAACUGCUCAGGUUUAGAAACCUCAGCUCGAUUUCCACCCAUAGAAGUACAACAGCAAGUUCAAGACAAAACCAAAGUCACACCAGUAGUAGUAAAGCAGGAGCACCCUUCUUUGUCGUGUGAACAAAGUCAGCAGAGAAGCAUUCUAGCUACCAUGGAACAGCAGUUAAAACAGUAUCAGCUCUCACCGGUGUUUGAAAGAAAGUCUUUGGUCAACAAGUCACCCAAUAAGGUGAAGGUAGAGAUGGCUGGACCUGUGACUGUUCUUUCAACCAGUGCUGAGGGGAAUUUUAAGGAACAGUGCAAACUACAAAACUUCACCCCACCUAAAAAGAUUGAACCUGGUUUACAAACCUUUUUGGAGUCACCCUUGAAGAUGCUUGAUACACCAAUAAAAAACUUGAUAGAUACACCUUUGAAGACACAAUAUGAUAUUUCAUCAUGCCAUUGUGUUGAUCAAAUCAGUGAAAGGGAUGAGGGCCCAUAUUAUACUCACUUGGGAUCAGCACCAACUGUUGCAGGCAUCCGCAAAAUUAUGGAGGAAAGGUCUGGACUCACUGGAAGCGCGAUUAGGAUUGAAAAAGUUGUGUAUACAGGAAAGGAAGGAAAGAGUGGACAGGGCUGUCCCAUUGCUAAAUGGGUAAUACGGAGGGCAAAUGUAGAUGAGAAACUUCUGGUCUUGGUACGAGAGCGAGCUGGUCACUCAUGUAAGACAUCCUGCAUAGUAGUGGUCAUCCUAAUUUGGGAAGGCAUACCAAUCAACCUGGCUGACAGUCUCUACUCAGAACUCAGUGACACUCUAACAAAACAUGGUGCCCUAACCAACCGCAGAUGUGCUCGAAAUGAGGAGAGAACAUGUGCAUGUCAGGGUUUUGAACCUGAUGCCUGUGGAGCUUCCUUCUCCUUUGGUUGCUCAUGGAGCAUGUACUAUAAUGGCUGCAAAUUUGCUAGGAGUAAAAUCCCUCGAAAGUUUAAACUACUUGGGGAUGAUCCUAAGGAGGAAGAGAAACUGGAACAAAAUCUCCAGGGUCUUGCUACCUUAAUUGCCCCAACAUAUAAAAAGAUGGCACCUGAUGCAUACGGCAAUCAGGUAGAGCAUGAACACAGAGCUCCUGAUUGCCGUCUGGGACUAAAAGAAGGACGGCCAUUUUCUGGGGUUACAGCCUGUCUAGACUUCUGUGCUCAUGCCCACAGAGACCUUCACAACAUGCAGGGGGGCAGUACUGUGGUCUGCACACUAACACGAGAGGACAAUCGUGAGAUUGGAAAAAUUCCUGAGGAUGAGCAGCUACAUGUGCUUCCUUUAUACAAGGCCUCAUCCACUGAUGAGUAUGGCAGUGCUGAGGCUCAGCUGGAGAAGACCAAGACUGGUGCUAUUCAGGUGCUCAGUGCCUUUCGUAGACAGGUGCGUUUGCUACCAGAGCCUGCCAAGUCUUGCCGGCAGAAGAAGCUGGAUGCCAAGAGAGCUGCAGCUAACAAACCAAACAACCCCAACACACCUAACUCUAAAAUGGACAACACCCAGCAAGCAAAGCAGAAACAGGCUGCUUAUGAGAACCUAAGCCAGACCACAUCUAUAACAGGCCCAGGAAAUGUGAGACCAAAUCUGGACUCUGGGCAUCUCCCACAUCCUCAUGCUGCCCAUCAGCCUCAGCAGCAGCAUCAGCAGCAACCACAACCUAAUCUUAACCCCUCUUACACUGUCCAGCCAUUCCCUAGAUUCUCUAAUGCAUCAGGAAACUUCUUAAACAGCUCUAAAUCAGCAAACCCACAUCCCCAAACCUCAUCUUCUGCCGGUCCUUAUCCCUCUCCUUUACGUGCACCCAACUCUUACAUUAAUGUGUCUAAUGCACCCACCCCAUAUCCCAGGUCUCUUACACCAAACCCUCUCUACCCUGGUUACCAAUGUAAUGGAGUACUCCCCAUGGACAACUACCACCCUUACUACUCUUCCAAUCUCAAGCAUCCAGACAUGUAUCACCCCCAAAGAAAUCCACUGUACUCUGAGCAGCAGUACAAUGCACCUCAACAUUAUGGGGUAAACUACCCACCACACUAUGGAGAGCCUAGCUUGCCAGCCAAUGGUUAUGGCACCUGCAACAUGAAACCUGGUUAUGGUCCUAAUAUGCCGCCAGAUGCUUUCUCCAGACCUCCCUCCACCCAUCUACAUUUGGACUAUGCAGCUAUGGGUAAAAGCGGCCAGUUUGAAGCCUACCCCAAGCCUCAUAUGUCACAGAAUCCUCAGAUGUUUCCCCCAAAUCUAAAUACCUUAAGUAUGCAAAACAAAAAAGAUUUACAGAUAAACAUGCAUGGAGCAAAUGGUAUCUCUCAGGUGUUUCCUCCUUUGGGUACUGACUGCUUCAACCCAGUCCAACCUCAAGGUUUGAGGCUUCCAUGUGAAAAUACCCUUAUUAACCCAAUAGUCAAACAGGAACCCAUUCCCCAGACCUCAGAACAAAAAGAAAAGGAGGAUGUGUGGUCUGACAGUGAGCACAACUUCCUUGACCCUGAAAUUGGAGGAGUGGCAGUGGCACCUAGUCAUGGGUCAAUCAUUAUUGAGUGUGCCAAGAGGGAGCUCCAUGCGACUACACCACUCAAGAAGCCUGACCGCAAUCAUCCCACCCGUAUCUCUUUAGUGUUUUACCAGCACAAGAACUUGAACGAGGCAAAACAUGGGCUGGCUCUGUGGGAAGCAAAGAUGGCAGAGAAGGCCAGAGAGAAAGAGGAGGAUGCUGAGAAGCAUGGUACUGAAAAUACAUCCACCAAGAGCAGUGGAAAGAAGGUGAAAAGAGAACAUUCAGAACCUUCAGAACCUCCAUAUAAGCAAUUCCUUCUCAUGCUUAAUGAGCGGUCAUCAUCCUGCACUACCAAUACAUAUGUAAGCACAGCUCCCUAUGCCUUCACCAAGGUGACUGGGCCUUACAAUCAAUUCCUGUGAAAACAACCAUAGGUCCAGAGCAUUCACAAACACAAGAGUGGCAUCAGACAAAUUAAAUGGUGCUACAAUAUAGUGUUGCAGACCUUUGUGCCACUGUUUGUGUGAAGUUAUUAAAGUAGAUAGAUUCAGUAUCCUACUAUAUGGAAAGGCAGAUCAUCAGUGGGUUUUUCAUGCUCUUAAGAAGUCAAGCUUUACUGUUUUAAUCAAUUGGAAAUAUUUAUUUAUUAUUUAAUUACUCUAUGAUAACACACUGUUCUUCAUCCGUGGUGCUUGGAGUCCAACAGAUCUGGACAUAUUACUGGAAACAAAAAUACUCAUGUUUGGUGACUUUUGUGGCUAAUCACUUUUUAUGGUGCUAGGGAGUGUUUUGAAUGCAAAUGUGUUUUUAAAUGCCUUUCUGUAACAACACACAUCAAAACACCUUGUAUAAUAUUUUUAAGCAAUUAAGAAAAUAUUUUGCUUAGUGUUUUAGAAGCACUUUUUGAUAAUAGUGAGGGUAUUAUUUUACGCCCUCCAAUCUGAAAAACAGUUCAUUACACUGCAGCCAUUUUAGUUUCACGAUGCAAAACAAUAACGAUGAACUCCAUGGUGCAUAGUCAAACAUCAUUUAUCAGCCUUUUAAAGAAUUUCUCUGGUGCUUACACAAUUUCAGAAAUCCUUUAUACUUACUGUAUUGUGAGCCUCUGAGGGUCAAUUUUGUAAGAGUAAUGUUCUGAUUCACUAAAACUGUGACAAUUCAGAACACUGAAUACAGAUACUUGGAGUCAAGGAAUAUUAGGUCAAUAUUAGGUCAUUAAAACAUGUAUCAAGGAACACAUAACAGGGUUACCUUUGCAUCAAUGUCACUGUUUCAAAGGCAGCUGGCUUGGCUUGCUGUGGCGAUUAUAACAUAAUGCAACUUUAGCUGUAUAAAAAAAAGUUGAGAUUUGUACAGUAAAUUAUUAUUAUUAUUAUUUUCGAAUGUAUGCUUAGAUAAUAGCUUAGUAAAGACGAGUACUAUUACUUUGGGUUUGAACUGAUCUUAUUUCAAAUGGUGCUACUUGACCUGCUAUACACAUAAUGUGAGAAUUUCUAAGGGUGUUGAGAAGGCUUAUGAAUGAUAGAAAAACCUACUUAUCAUAUACCUCAGAACCAGUUUGGCAAUAGAAUUAUAAUACCAAGGUGUUUCUGUUCUUUUAUUUCCAAACACUUUGUAGCAAAUAUAACACAGACCUUAAGGCCAUCAUUGAUGCUAAGUUCAUUUCUUACUUUCUUCACACUUGAUCUAUUUAGAACGGGGAUGCCCAAUUCUGAUCCUGGAGAUCAUCUGUCCUGAAAAGUUCAGCUCCAACUAUUGUGAAGCAAUCCUGAAGACCUUAAUGAGUUGCUUCAGGUGUGUUUGCUUAGAGUUGGAGCUAAACUUUGCAGGACAGAUGAUCACCAGGAGAAGAACUGGGCAUUCCUAUAUUAGAAAGUAUUACUUGAACUUCAAGUUUCAACGGAAUUGCAAAAUCAGGGAUAUCAGCUCAUUUCUGUGCAUAAAAAUCACUUGUGUUCAUGUUGUCUUCUCUAAAUCAGGUUUGAGCCUUUGCGUUUUAAAUUGAUCGGAAUUUCUUGUAUAUACUAUACGCAUAUCUAACUUUGUUAUAAAACUAAAAUAAUCUAAAUUUGUGUACUGUUGAAGCAGAAUGCUGAUGAACUCUUCAAGAAAUAAUUUGAAAAUAUUUUAACAUGCACUGAUUUAAUUAAAGGGAAAGUGUCAAAAAAUAUAUAAAGCAAUAUUUGCCGUUUACUGAAAGGUAAGAUCAAGUCAGUUAAACUAUUUUGGGCAAGUAUUAGCUGCAUAUGUAUACUUUGAGGCUAAAUGUAUUUACAACCACUAAACAUUUUAAUGCCUCUUACACAACCCUGUCCACUGAAAUCAAAUUACAAAAGUGACAAAUAAUUGGUAUUGAAUUACAUAGAACUCAUUCCGCUCUGACAUAAGUUAAAGCACUUCGUUUUUUUUUUUAUAAAAAUAAUAAAAAUGUAAAUUCAAAAUAGGUAGAUUUUUGUAAAUUAAAUAGAUUAUGUCACAUUGUAUAUACCACAUGUUUGCAUUGCAGAAGUCUAAGUCCAUGUUAUGUACAAAGUUUAAUUUAACAUGUUAAAAGUACCUUCACUCCACACAUAUAAUUAUAGAUUUUGCCCCUAAAAUCUUUGUUUUGUUGGUAUUCAGGUCACUUUUUCUUUUUUUGAAUACAACAGCAAAGUUUACAAUGUUUUUUUUUUUUUGUUUUUUAGAAAUCACUUUGAUGUACUGACUAGUUAUGAAAGAAGCUUCCAUUUUUGUAGUUUAAAUUAGAUGUUAAAUUUCUGUGUACAGAACCCAGCUUGAGUAGCAGGUUGUGUAUGAAGCAAAAGUGGUGGUUAAAAUUUUGUGAGUGACAAGAAUAGCCAUACUUGAAGAUGCUUCGGAGAGUUUCUGAGUGGAGUCAACUUUACUUGAAUGACUUUCUGACUUCAACUAAUGAACUGGGGUGCACAACUUUUACAUUAAGCUAGCUGUCUAUGUACACCUGUUGGUAUUUUGCCAUUAGACACUAAAGGUUUAAAUGUGCUAUUUUCUGCCUUUUUGUAUUGCUUCCCCUUUUCCUUUCAAAUUUGUAAUGCUUAAAACAAUGAAUUAAGAAUGGCUUUGAAUACUGUAAGUAUUGUAAUGUACUGAAGAACUGAAUGCAGUUUAUUUGAAAGCUGUUUGUUAUGAUUUGUUAUCAUUCCUAAUAUUGCUGAAAUGUGGGUUUUUUAAUAAAAACUAUAUUUAUUUCAAGAA